AUGGCGUGGUCAGCUCUCACCGGCCCCUGUGUGGCCAUUGUGCUGCUCUACUUCGGUUUGACCUCCUGCACUCCCUCUGGCCCCGCCUCCGCCACCUGUGCCACCUUGGAGCAGAACCGCUUCUUUGGUGUUUUCUCUUCUACGACCACCCUGCAAUCCACGCCUUGCUCUUGGACCCUGCAGAAUCCUGAUCCCCGCCGCUACACUGUCUACAUGAAAAUCACCAAGCCUGUUGAAUCCUGCGUGCCUCGCCAGAUCAAGACCUUCCAGUUUGAUUCCUUCAUCGAGACCUCCCGCACCUACCUGGGUAUGGAGAGCUUCGAUGAAGUUGUGAGGCUGUGUGAUGCGUCCACCACUGUUACCUACCUGGAGUCAAGCAAGCAGUUCCUGCAGCUCCGUAGAGUGGCCCCGAGGAAUGCUCUGGAGGAAGUGCAGGAGCAGAGUGAUGUCAACGAGUUCAAGGCUGAGUUUCUGGUUGUAGGGAAGAGGAACCCAAGCAUGCCCGCCUGUCAGAUGCUGUGCCAGUGGCUGAUCGAGUGCCUGUCCAGCAGCACCCAUGAUUAUCCCUGUGGCAUCAUGAACACACCUUGCCAGUGCUGGGAGGCCCCCAAGAGGAAGCCAGGAAGCUGUUACAGGGGCGGUGUCUACGUUGAGAAGUGCAUUCCUGUUCCUAAAGACAACGGACGUGAUGCUGAGAUUAUCAAGGGCUGGGCCGGAUGGGGUCGCUGGUCACCCUGCAGCCAGGAGUGCGGUGGCGGAGUCCAGGUGCGCAGCCGAGCAUGCCAGCCCGAGGACAGUGUGUGUGAGGGAACAGUUGAAGAAGGACGGGCCUGCAACCCUCAGUCAUGCAUUGGCAAAGAGCGCAACAGGAGCCAGGGUCUGCGUGCUGGUCUUAUUGGUUUGAAGAGAGACAAUACUGAUGACGCCAAUCAUGGAGUUGUUGCUACACAAACAGUAGAUGCCAAAACAGAUGAGUGGUCCACCUGGAGUUCUUGCUCAGUCACCUGUGGAGAGGGCUGGCAGGGCCGUACCCGCAUCUGUGCUACUUCCUCCUACACCACCCAGUGCACCGGACCCCUGCGUGAGAACCGACCCUGCAACAACACAGCUGUCUGCCCCGUCGAUGGAGCUUGGGAUGAGUGGACCCCCUGGAGCCUGUGCUCAUCUACCUGCGGUCGGGGUUAUCGUGAUCGUACCCGCACAUGCAAGCUGCCCCAGAAUGGAGGAGAGCCUUGCCGCGGCCCAACAAAACAAACCAAGUUCUGCAACAUCGCUGUCUGUCCAGUGGACGGAUCCUGGAAUGAGUGGUCUGCCUGGAGCGUGUGCUCUGCUUCCUGCUCCAACGGCACCAUGCAGAGGACAAGGGAGUGCAACGGGCCAUCCUACGGGGGAUCUGAGUGCCAUGGCAGCUGGAAAGAGACAAACAACUGCUUCUUGCAAGAAUGUCCCGUUGAUGGACGCUGGCAUACAUGGACAUCCUGGGGCAGCUGCAGCAAGACUUGUGGUGGAGGCAUCCAGCAGAGGCAGAGAGUGUGUGAGGGGCCUUUCUUUGGUGGAGAACCCUGCCCCGGUGAAAAGGGAGAGCAGAAGAGGUGCAGUGAGAAGAGAUGCCCUGAGCCCCAUGAGAUCUGCCCCGAGCAGAACACCGGAGACAUUGUGUGGAAGAAAACCCCCGCUGGAGACGUGGCUGCCAUCGCCUGCCCUGCUGACGCCGCAGGUCUAACUCUGCGCCGGUGCACCUUGGACGCUGUAGGCCUCGCCUCCUGGGAGAACCCAUCUCACGUCAAGUGCGUCUCCAAGAACUACGAGAACAUUCAGACACUGUCAAGGGACUACAUCUCCAAAGCACAGAUGGGGCAGAGUGUGGACGGGAUUGCUGAGGUGAUUUCCCGCCUUAGAUUCUCGUCUGAUGAAGGGGCCAGGUACAGCGGCGACCUCAUUGCCGGCAUGGAGAUCCUGAAAAACACCACCGAGCUGUACAAGGGAACCCGGCUGAGACUGAGCAGCGCAGACGUUGAGAACUACGUCCAGACAAUCAGCAACCUUCUGAAGGAGGAACAUCAUGACAAAUGGGAAGAGGCACAACUGAUGGGUGACAACAUCAAGACAUUCCUCCGCCUCGUUGAGGACUUUGUGAACAUGAUCGGUAUGCAAAUGAGCGGCUUCCAGGACAUUUAUGAAGUCACCGAGAAUUUAGUCCUGAGCAUCCACAAGCGCCCCACAACCACGAGCUCCAACUUCACCUUCCCUGUGAAGGGCUGGAGGGGCAUGCUGGACUGGGUCAGGAGCUCUGAGGAGAGGAUCUCUGUGUCCCGGGAUGCUCUUGCCAUCGAGCAGGCUGAUGGCAAUGAUGCUUUUGUGACUGGCAUCGUCCUCUACAGAAACCUUGCUUCUCUGUUGUCCUUUCAGAGUAACACCACCCUCCUUAACUCUAAGGUUGUGUCAGUCAUCGUCUCGCCCAACCCGACCCUCCUGUCAUCCCCCGUCGAGAUCGAGUUCCCCCACCUCCACAAUGGCACCAUGAAUGAGACAUGCCUCUCAUGGGACGAGAGCGAAACUUCCUCUCUGCUCGGCUCGUGGUCUGCGCGGAGCUGCAGAGCGGUGCCCGUUCAUUCAUUCAGAACCAAAUGCGUGUGUGACAGCCUCUCCACCUUCGCCAUUUUAUCGCGCGUCAACUUUGAUUCGAUCAUGGACAAGGCACUGCUCCCGUCUGUGACCCUCAUCGUCGGCUGUGGGGUCUCCUCGCUCACCCUGCUGCUCCUUAUCAUCAUCUACGUCUCUGUUUGGAAGUACAUCCGCUCAGAGCGUUCCGUCAUCCUCAUCAACUUCUGCCUCUCCAUCAUCUGCUCCAAUGCCCUCAUUCUUGUGGGACAAACUCAGGCUCGCAACAAGGUGGUGUGCACUCUUGUAGCCGCUCUCCUGCACUUCUUUUUCCUCUCCUCUUUCUGUUGGGUGCUGACUGAAGCUUGGCAGUCCUACAUGGCUGUCACUGGUCGUCUGCGCAACCGCAUCAUCCGCAAGCGUUUCCUGUGCUUGGGCUGGGGUCUCCCUGCACUGGUGGUGGCUGUGGCUGUUGGUUUCACUAAAGCAAAGGGAUACGGCACUGUCAACUACUGCUGGCUGUCUCUGGAGGGCGGACUCCUCUACUCCUUUGUUGGCCCGGCUGCAGCUGUUGUUCUGGUGAAUAUGGUCAUUGGUAUUCUGGUCUUCAACAAACUGGUGUCCAAGGACGGCAUCACCGACGUGAAGCUGAAGGAGAGAGCCGGAGCGUCGCUGUGGAGCUCCUGCGUGGUUCUGCCCCUCCUAGCACUCACCUGGAUGUCUGCCGUGCUCGCCAUCACUGACCGCAGAUCCGCCCUCUUCCAGAUCCUCUUCGCCGUCUUUGACUCUCUGGAGGGCUUCAUCAUCGUCAUGGUUCACUGCAUCCUGCGUAGAGAGGUUCAAGAAGCAGUAAAGUGUAGAGUAGUUGAUCGCAAAGAUGACGGCAAUGGAGACUCUGGCAGCUCCCAUCACAAUGGCCACUCCCAGCAUAUGCCGUCUGAUAAUGAAAAAGAUGGAGAUUCAAACAGACAAGGAAUGAAGAGCUCCUCUGAAGAGAAGAUGCCUCCUCCCCAGCUGCCUCUCCCCAUGGGCUCCAACUUCCACACCCUCCCAUCCAACCCCAACAAGAGCCACAUGCAGGCCGUCCCUGAGUACUCCAGCCACACCCUCACCCUGAAGAGAGAGAAGAGCCGUAUGGCUGUAGGAGUCGACCCAACCUGCGGGAAACCUGUGUACGUCUGUGAGGGCGAGCUCUUCCAGCAGCUGGACGUCGAUCUCGCUCGGGCACAGGCAGAGGCCGGCCUCUCCGACGGCAGCGGCUACGUCCUCAUGCCCAACACCACCUCCACCCUGAGGACCAAGCCCAAAGACGACCCCACUAAAUACAACAUUAGCGUGGAGCAGCUGCCACAGGCCAGGCUGAUGCACCUCAGCGGACCCUUCGCCGAACCCCAGGCUGCAUUCGGGAUGAAGUCAAUCCCUGCUGAUCAGGUCAGCAUGUCGUACUCUGAGAGAGACUCCCCCAUCCAGAACAUCCACAAUAUGUCCAGCGAGUCCCAUAUCACACACAGCAGCCUGGAGAACACCUUUGAGUCCAUGAACUCCAUGAUGUCCAAGAGUGAGACCAUCUCCACCCUGUCCAUGAGCUCCUUGGAGAGACAGAAGUCUCGUUAUGCUGAGUUGGACUUUGAGAAAAUCAUGCACACAAAGAAACGCCACCAGAACAUGUUCCAGGACCUGAACAGGAAGCUACAUCAUGCUGAGAAAGACAGAGAGUCUCCUGCAUCUGACAGCAAGUCUGUGAGAUGGAGUGUGUCAUCAGGAGGAAGUGACAAAACGAACCACAGUGACAAGCAGCAGGCACCGAUGGAGAGACCUUGGGAGGGAGUCCGGGGGAUCCCGCAGUCGCCCCCUGCAUGGGUGCGGAAAGACCUGGAACCCCUGGCUGCUUCACCUCUGGAGCUGCACUCUGUGGAGUGGGAGAAGAGCAGCACCACCAUCCCUUUGGUGGGGCAGGACAUUAUUGACCUGCAGACGGAGGUCUGAGGGGGAGGAGGGGGGCUAGAGAAGCCACCUGAUUUCACCUUGAUCACCGUUUUUGGUUGGAGAAUUUGAUCCGUUAUGGAUAAAAGAAAGGGAAAACCAAGAAAGGGAGGAAGUUGGUCCCAGAAUCGAUGUCUUCACACCCUCAGCCAGAGCAGGAAGGGAAGGAAAGAUGGAGGAGUGAGGUGGUGUUAAAGGAAUGUUUAAUGUAGCUUCUCUGUGUGGACUUAAAGCACCUCAUGUCUGAGUGCUCUGAAGGUCUAUGGGUUGGUGGAGCAAAUAGUGGUUUCCAUGGACCAGGACUGGUUAAUGGUUCCAUUCACGCUCCACUGGGAGUUUCCUGAACCCUUCAGCCGGGUUCAGAAGAUGUGGUCGACAUGUCUGUGCUUCUUUUUUUCCUUCAACUCAACUGUGGAGAAAAAAUCAAAUAAUAUACUAACGGUGUGUCCUCCCUGCUUUUUUGGGAGGAGCAGCCGGAACUCUUUGCUGCUCCUUGAACGGCCAAGUUCACUUCCAAACUAAGACAAGGCAAAGGAACAAAAAAAAGGGGGUCAGUUUCAUGCUUGAAGUCCGAUACUCUGCACUUUUAGAUGAGCACACACGCUUUUGCUUUUCGAGCCGUGGGUUAUUUUAAUUUUUCUGCUUCUCACUUGGAACUGCUUCAAAAAGCCUUAAAAAAGACUCUUUGAUGAGACUCUGAGAAUAUAACUCCACUCUCUGAGUGCAGGCUAAAUCACGCUGAUCGUGCUUCUCACUUCUUUUAUCACCCUGGUUAUUAUUAUUAUUAUUAUUAUUAUUAUUACAAUGAUUAUUAUUAUUAUUGUUAUUGUCAUUAUGAAUCUUUAUUUUCAUUCUGCUGUCAGGCACAAGAUAAAUUGUUUAUUUUUCAGCCAACAACAACAUUAGGCUCCAGAAAGAGGAAUGACUGCGUCUGUAAUGUGUUGCGAUGGACUGCAUCGGGACAAACACACAGAGUGAUGAUGGAGGUGAUCGCUCGUACAAACAUGACCUGGUUUCUCUUUGAUACCAAAACACCAGCACCAGGAAAACACAGACUCUCACACAGAAAGAGCAGUGCACUCUGGGUAAAAAAACAAACAAACGCUGGGUUGGAAAUGUGCAAAGAGUGUGUGCCUCCUCUUAGCUGGCACAAGAUGCAGGCUCUUCCAUGUUGUACAUGAGGAUUCAAGGGUUCAGCGAGACCUUGUCAUUAUCGCCCUUAUGUUUUGCUCAGCCUUGCAGGACUCUUGGACCGAGCAGAGGCUUCCUGGCGCCGAUGUGACUUCCAGAGCGGCGCCAGGUCCUCGAGACUUCAACACAUUUGUGUUUCAGCCAUCAGUGUGAAAUAGUGCAAUAUGAUGGGCGCUUGAUGCUCAAGCAAGACUGAUGCUAUGAUUUUGGCAGUAUUUUUUCUUACAAAUGUUUCCAAACUUUUGUACCAUCUUCCUCAUAUUUACGGAGCAUAUAGAUGCUUUAUGAGAAUAUUGUAUGACAAAUCUGUAUUAGUAAUUCAAGGAAUUUAUUCACUAGAGAUUUGUUAGCACAAGACUCCAUAUUUGGAGCUCUAUGUGACAGUUAGAUUAUUGUACUUCUAUAAAGCAGACGUUAUAUAGAAUGAAUGGUAUCUCUAAUCUGUGCUUCAGGAUAUUUGUGAUUACUCUUCGCUGUGUAGCGAGGGGUAAUUGAACCUCAUGUCUUCUGUUAUGGUGUGUUUUUGAUAACCUUGUCAAUAACUCAGUAGUAUGUGCUACCAGCCAAUUCCCCUGUCCCACCCGAUUCACACCUCGAGUUAAUCGUAUCAAAGACCCAUUUGUAUUCUCUUGUCACAGCUUUGUUUCUAUUGUUCUGUUUGACCUCCUUUAAAUGUACAGUUUUCACAGCACAAAAUGAAUGUGACUUAUUUCUAAUAAAACACAUCUAUAUUACAUUAA